AUGCAGCUCUCCAGCCUCCUCCUUUCCGCCUCGCUCCUUGCGACUUCGGCUUUCGGUGGACCGGUGGGCCAGGACUCGACGUCCGAGGCCGAACUCAUGGUCCGCGGGCAGAGGCGCAACGUCGACUGGCCUAACAUGCUCCUCGACCGUUCCCUCGACGAGCGCGAGUCAGAGGACCUCGUCAAGCGCAUCGUCUGGAACCCCAAGAUCACUGCUCCUGCCGGUGGAGAGAACUGGACGGCUGGGUCCGAGCAGCUCGUUAGCUGGUCGACGGCGGACAAGCCAGAGGAGCUCAAGGACCCCAAGGGCCGUAUCAUGCUGGGCUACGAGCCCGCCGACGGCGCCGGAGGCCUCAACCUGAAGUGGACGCUGGCCGACGGCUUCGCACUCAACGACGGCAACAAGAGCGUCACGCUGCCCUCGGACCUCGAGGCUCGACAGGACUACAUCGUCGUCGUCUUUGGCGAUAGCGGCAACACGUCGCCCAAGUUUUCCAGCGGUCCGGCUCCUCCUACCUCGGGCUCGGCGGCACCGGCACCCGAGGGACGGAGCUUCUUCGCCGCCGACCUCAUCGGCAUCGACGUCGUCUGA